CCGUGCGCCUGACGGACACCGAGGGCUUGAAGGAUUUAAAUUGGACUUGCCAAGCUUUACCUCAGGCGAUGGAUAUGUGAUCUGAGGUGCGUGUGGAAUGCUCCCGGCAUGAAAAGUGGAAGUUGUGAGCUCGCGAGUUUUGUGACGGAGGACACUCUAAAGAUGCGCGAGGGAGCGCGCUCUCCAUCUCAGGACGUGCCCGCGGAGGACAAGCAGCCGAUUCCACCGGAUUCACAACAUGUCAAAGCCGCGCGCCAAGCCACCGCCAAGGCUUCCCACACUCCGUGACAAGAAAGGGCUGGCUGAGUUGCAUGAUGGGUGAGGCAGCCGUGCUGCGCGUGCGUCUGCUCUGUGUGUGUGUGUGUGUGUGCGCGUGUGUGUGUGCGAGCCUGGCGGCCCAGCGGCCGGCCGCGCUGCAGGUGGCGGUCAUCCUGGGCCAGUCGCGUCCGGCGUCGUCCUCCUCGUCCUCGUCCUCCUCGUCCUGGGAGACGGAGCUGAUGACGCGUGCGGGCCGCGUUGCCGGGGGCGACGGGCGCGUGGAGGCCCAGGUGUCGGCCGUGCGGCUGAACCGGACCGAUCCACGGAGUGUGCUCAGUGGCCUGUGCGAGGUGAUGGGCCGGCAGCCGCUGCACGGCCUAGUGUUCGGAGACGACGGGGACCAGGAGGCCCUCGCCCAGCUGCUGGACUUCGUCUCCGCCCACACGCUCAUGCCCAUCCUGGGCAUCCACGGAGGCUCCGCCAUGACCAUGGCACAGAAGGAUAUAAAGUCGUCGUUCUUCCAGUUUUCGGCAUCUCUCCAACAGGAGGCGCUGUUGAUGCUGUCCAUCAUGGAAGAGUAUGACUGGCAUGUCUUCUCCAUAGUAACCAGCAAGUUCCCUGGAUACCUCGACUUUAUCGCCACCCUCCGCACCACUGUGGACCACAGCUUCGUGCGCUGGGAUCUGCAGAGCGUGGUGAUCCUGGAGGGCACGGAUGCGGAGGCCAAGGCUCAUGUGGAGCUCAAGCGACUCCAGUCCCCUGUCAUCCUACUCUACUGCUCCAAGGAGGAGGCCCAGUUCAUACUCGCCGAGGGACGCAGCCUGGGGCUGACCGGGGCCGGCUACGUCUGGAUUGUGCCCAGCCUGGUGAGUGGGAGUGUGGAGGUCAUCCCUGAGGCCUUUGCUCCGGGGCUCAUCUCCGUGGCGUACGACUGGGACUACCCGCUGGACAUGCGGCUGAGCGACGGCCUGGGCCUGCUGGUCUCCGCCGCCAGCGCCAUGCACCUCCAGACCGGACGCAUCCCCGAUGCCACCGCCAGCUGCCACGCCCCCAGCCAAUCAGGGGCCGCCGAGCAGCCCAAGGUCCCGCCCAGCAGCCUGCGCAGAUACAUGAUGGACAUCUCAUUAGAUGGUCGUGACCUGUCUUUUACUGACGAUGGUUACCAGGUCAACCCUAAGCUGGUUGUCAUGGUGCUCAACACAGAAAGGGAAUGGGAGAAGAUGGGCCGGUGGGAGAAUAACUCGUUGCGUCUGCGGUUCCCGGUGUGGCCGCGGUAUAACUCGUGGGGCGACCCCGACGCGGAUGAGAAGCACCUGAGCAUCGUCACCCUGGAGGAGAAGCCCUUUGUGAUCGUCGACGACGUGGACAUUCUCACCGGGACCUGCAUGAGGAACUCCGUGCCCUGCCGCAAGCACAUCAAAGAUAACUCAACGGAGGGCUCCUAUGUGAAGAAAUGCUGUAAGGGCUUCUGCAUCGACAUCCUGAAGAAGAUCUCCAGGAUCGUCAAGUUCACCUACGACCUCUAUCUCGUCAACAACGGCAAGCACGGCAAGAAGAUCAACAACGUCUGGAACGGGAUGGUCGGAGAGGUGGUGUAUAAGAAGGCAGUCAUGGCGGUGGGAUCUCUGACCAUUAAUGAGGAGCGAUCUGAGGUCAUUGACUUCUCUGUACCCUUCGUAGAGACCGGCAUCAGUGUAAUGGUAUCCCGUAGCAACGGAACAGUGUCACCCUCUGCGUUUCUGGAGCCCUUCAGUCCUUCCGUGUGGGUGAUGAUGUUUGUGAUGCUGCUCCUCGUCACGGCGAUAGCCGUUUUCCUCUUCGAGUUCAUCAGUCCACUGGGCUUCAACAGAAACCUCGCUCAGGGCAAAGAUCCCCAUGGUCCGUCCUUCACCAUUGGCAAAGCGGUGUGGCUGCUGUGGGGUUUGGUGUUCAAUAACUCUGUGCCGGUGCAGAACCCGCGCGGAACCACCAGUAAGUUCAUCGUGUCCGUGUGGGCCUUCUUCGCCGUCAUCUUCCUGGCCAGCUACACCGCCAACCUGGCCGCCUUUAUGAUCCAGGAGGAGUUCGUCGACCAGGUCACAGGCCUCAGUGACAAGAAGUUCCAGAGCCCAUACUCCUUCUCCCCUCCAUUCCGUUUUGGAACGGUACCGAACGGGAGCACUGAGAGAAACAUCAGGAAAAACUACCCAGAUAUGCACCAGUACAUGGUCAAGUACCACCAGACCGGCGUUCAUGACGCACUCAUCAGCCUUAAGACAGGGAAGCUGGAUGCGUUCAUCUACGACGCUGCAGUUCUUAACUACAUGGCGGGCCGGGAUGACGGCUGCAAGCUCGUCACCAUCGGCAGCGGCUACGUGUUUGCCACCACUGGCUACGGCAUCGCCCUACAGAAGGGCUCCUACUGGAAGCGCCUGGUGGACCUCGCCAUCCUGGGGAUCAUCGGCGACGGUGAGAUGGAGGAGCUUGAGGCCCAGUGGUUGACUGGUAUCUGUCACAAUGAGAAAAACGAGGUCAUGAGCUCGCAGCUGGACAUAGACAACAUGGCGGGCGUGUUCUACAUGCUGGCGGCCGCCAUGGCUCUGGCGCUCAUUACGUUCGUGUGGGAACACCUGUUCUACUGGAGGCUACGCUUCUGCCUCACCGGGCGCUGCUCUGGACAGCCCGGCCUGCUCUUCACCAUCAGCAGGGGCAUAUGGAGUUGUAUCCACGGUGUGCAUAUUGAGCUGAAGAAGCCUCCAGAGCUGGGCUUCAGCCCUCAGCAGAACAUGCUGCAUCUCCUCAAGUCGGCCAAGGAGCUGGUCCCCGGUCGCCAGGCCAACCCCAACAUCCUGCCGCCACCCCCAGGCCUGCUCCAGAUCAUGGGCGCCGCCAAGAGCAACAGCCAGGCGGCCAAGGACACCGUCUACAGCAACACCGGCAGCCUGGUCAGCAACCGGCUCAAGGAGCCGCUCAACAACGCCGCGCUGUUGCCAGGGCAACGGGUGCUGACCAUGACCGACGCACCGCACAACCUGCCGGGAGGAGGAGGGGGUGGGGACAAGGGCGUGUCCAAUGGGGCGUCGCGUAACCCUCCUCCUGCCGCGUCCAAGCCCCGCGCGCUCUGGAAGAAGUCGGUGGAGACGCUUCGCCAAGGGGCGCCGCCGGGCUCCGAGGAUCCGUCUUCCGCGGCCCCUGCCGCUGUGUCCAUGGCGACCGCCCCGGCCGCACCGCUGGAGUCACGGCUGCCCAUGAAGAGCCAGCGCUACCUGCCCGAAGAUGCCCCCGACCUCUCCGCCGCAGAGGGCAAAGGUCACGGAGGCAACGGCGCCCCCGGCAACAACAACAAGCAGGUGAAGGAGCCGCCCACGCUGCGCAAACGAGGGCGGCUGCCUCGCGACCUCAGUGACCUCGAGCUGUCGACGCUGCGCAGCCAGCAGAGCGGCAGCAUCCAGAGCAACCACACCACCUCCGGAACCCUCCACCACCUCUUCAGCCAGAGCAGCCAGGGCAGCGGAGUGUUCACCAUAGACUCCGCCUCCCUCGACCAGGAGCCUGCCGCCCUGCACUUCCCCGACCUCUUCAGCGACCACCACCAUCACCGCGACAACGGCGGCAAGGCCAGCACCAAGGGCCCGGCGGGACCCGGCCAGCAGCCAAUCCUGCAGCUGAACAGCAGCCUGCUCUCCAGCCCGCCCCCACACCUGGCUCACGCCGCCCACCCCGACGUCAUGGCGACGGCCGUGGCGAAGGAGAAGAAGUACAACACCUACGGGAAGCCGGGGAUGGGCGGGGCCUCUGGCGGCGGCGGACCUCAGACCCACUGCCGCAGCUGCCUGUCUCGCCUCGGGGGCUCGUCCGGGAGCGGUGGCGUCGCAGGUGGCGGCUACUCGGGGCUGUACACGGUCCGUUCGCCACCGCUGCGCUGCGACGCCUGCCUGCAUUCCGCCAGCCUCUACGACAUCAGCGAGGACCAGCUGCACCCCAACGACCCCCCCCCUCCUCCGCAGAUGCCCCAGUCGCCCUCCUUUACGGCCUAUCUGCCCCAGAACGACCCGUCGCACCCCGAGGGCGGUGGCCUCAUCAGCCACUUCCAGACGGAGGAGCCAAUCCGGCGCCAGCACUCCUACGAGAACCUGCCAGGGCAGAGUGGGCCGCGCCGCGUCAGUCUGCAGGAGGCUAGCCCCUACGCCAACCUGCCCCCGGUGUCCCCCUCUCCGGCGCCCCCCGGUGGCCUGGCUGGCAUGGCGGGCGUGAGCGGGCUGGGCGUGGGCCGCCGGAGCAAGUCGCUGUACCCGCUGCGCCCGUCAGAGAACCCGUUCCUGCAGACGCUGCGUGACGACCAGCGGUUGGCCCACGGCCGCAGCUCCACGGACAUCUACAAGCAGCUGGUGCCGCUCACAUUAGGCACGGGCAUGGGCACGGGUGGCAUGACCCCCACCUCGCCCUCGCCCUCUCACGUCCAUGCCCACCACGCCCACCACGGCCACGCCGCGCUGCUGGCCUCCGAGCUGUUCUACCCGGAGCACAUGAUGCCCUACGUGGCACCGCCACCUCCCCUGCAGGGCACAUACCCAGCGCCUCGCGCCAUGAGCGCCGGUGGGGCCCGGCGCGUCUACAAGAGGAUGCCCAGCAUCGAGUCCGACGUCUAGACCUCCCCAGGCCUACAGGGGGCGCCCCCCCUCGGGGCGGGUUGUCUAGGCGACGCAGGAGAGCGGGGGUGGCCAUGCAUGUCGUCUAGGCAAUGCAGGAGAGAGGGUGUACAUGUGUGUGUAGGGUCCAGCUGACUCUGGGAUGAAUCUGGGUUGGUAUGUGUGCAUCUGCUGUGGCUUGAGGAACAAAUCAAGGGGGUAAAUUCAGAGUAAGUAAGAUCAGGACCAAAUUGGGCUAAAUCAGAACUAAUUCCUGGCUAAAUCAAGGAUAAAUCGGGGCCAGGACAGGGGCAAAUGAAGGCAAAUGUGGGGCAAAUGAAGGCUAGA